AUGCAGUCAAAGCAGACACUCGCAGCUUUCUCACGGCCCUCACAAGUCGUGCUCGGAACCACCGACUUUGCUUACUCACAACCAGAACGCUCGGCAAGUGAAGCUUCACAGCAGCAGUCACCAUCGAACAAUGUCUGCUACCUUGCAGGAAGCGAGACAAGGGACAGCAUCAUUGUCCAGGCGAGCUUCGAUCAGCUCUGCGUUCUCUCUCGUGACCAGCGCUUCGACCAAGCCCUUCCAUUCUGGGAUGCCUUCUCUGGCUCACAGGGCACAGAUCGAUGCGUCACCUGCACCGCUGUAGGCCUCUCGGCAGGUCAGGACCAGAUCAUGCUGGCGGCGGCCAUGGACCAUCGGAUAGCUGUCUGGUCUGCUCCUGCCUCUUCGUCGUCCUCAUCACGCAGAUGGAAGGUCCACUCCACACUCACCAUCAACGAAAGUCUGGUGACCACACUCGAUGUCGUCAAUGGCCAGCUUCUUGCCGGUACCACCGCAAGCCUGGCUCUUUGGCGUCUAGACAAAUCCGACAUCCCAAUAUGGACGAGGUUCUGGACCAAAACGGUGCCUGCAGCCAUCAGCUUGGCCAAGUUCUCUCCCGACGCUACAAGCAUUGCAGCUGUCGCUCAGCAUGGGCAGAACGUCCUUCUGUGGCAGUAUCAACCACGAGCUAGCAAACCUCCAGUCUUGUCUCAGCGUCUGUAUCAUGCACGUCCAGUCACCAGUAUCCUCUGGAGACAGCCUCCAGAACAGAACAGCCAAGCCGACGUCUUGAUCUCUUAUGCAACAGAUGGUGUUGCUCGCAUCUGGGCACCUGUCAUCGACGAACCCUCCCAACUUCGUCUCUGGUGUAGCGUCGAGAGUCCACGCUCACACACCAGCGGCCUGUCUUCUACGUCGAACCAAGUCCCCACAGCAUUCUACCUGGACCCAUACGUCACGUGUGCGGCCUUACGCACCAAUGUCAGCAUCCUCCAGCGCGAGAUUCAAAUGUCCGAACUGGGCCUCGGAACCUCCACCGAGAUGAACGCGCACACUCUUGAGCUGGAGAUGGAUCUCAAACGGACCAGGCUUCGUCGUCUUGAACAGCUAGCCAACGAGACACCAGAUAUGUUCGUGUCAUUUGAAUAUGACGGGCACUUGAGCUUGACGGCGGUUGCCAACAUCGAUCGACGGCCUCCCACACUGUUGCAAGCAUUGACCGUGCUGCGAGUUCCCUUCACCUUGCCCAAAAGCACUGGCGGGAUCCGGGCAGUCAAAGCACUACCGCUGCACGUUGCUCCAGACUCAUCCAGCGCAGCUUCCAUGAUCACUCUACAUGUCCAAUUCGACCAUGGCUCCUCCUCGACCUACUCCAUCAACCCAGCCACCUUCUUCGACGGCAGAGGCUCAGGAAUCGAGCCAGACAUUUGCCAUCCUUGCGGACCUCCAGCUGCACCUGGGUCACUCGCGAAACGUGCGCACAGACACAAAGGCUGCAUCGAGCGGCUUUGCAGGUCAGGUGAUGGCAAGACCUUGGUCAGCUCCUCAGCCAAAGAAAUCAUCACCUGGAGCUCCGACGCAUCGCCUUCCCGACCACAAGGUCAGAUUCAUUACAAGGACGCUCAACGGCCCGCUUCUCUCAUCGCGGCAUCAUGGGACAGCUCACUUACAGCAUGUCUGCUCAGUGACGGCACUGGCGAACUUUGGCGUGGAUCAGACGGGUCGAAGGUCCAAUUUGAAAUCAAGGAAGAUGUUCAGCAUCUUGCCUUCGUACAACUUGGCCGAGUUGAUGCUCUCACUGCCGUCGACAGCACAGGUAGCAUUCACUCAUUGGAAGUGGAGUCGAGGAAUGCUGUGCGUCUGUCACCACCAACAACGUCACGCCUGGCAACACAGAGUGGAUCGGCUCGUCACUUGAUCUCGGUCGACUCAAUCUCUGGCUCGUCAGGGCAACCAGGCGAUGAUUUCACGCUGGUGACUACCGAUGCUUCCGGGCAAGUCGAGGUGUGGAAGCCGACGGGCAACUCUUCCAAUGAACUUCAUUUGGACCUUGUCACUUCCCUCCGCCCGUCAGCAGGAUCACCCCAACUUGUCCGCUGUAGCGCAAGCGGCCUGGUUGCAGUCGUUCAUCACGACGAACACGACAGCCAGGUGCUUGUGAUCUACAACAGCAAAACCACAUCCUUCAGCUCAGGUGAGGAGCAUCGGCAAACUUUCGGCUCAAGGGAUCGCAUCAUUGCAUUGGACUGGUCCCCAUCGCCGUUGUCCAACAAUGCGCUCGCUGUGGUCUUUGAGCAUCAUGUCGACGUUAUGGCUCCUGGACGGGCAUCUACGUUCGAUUCUAAAAGUGCAAAUGGACGAUCUCGUUGGGAGCAGCUCGCUCGUCUUGACCUGCUCAGCUGCACGCCGAGUUCCAUUCGUGCUGCCUGCUGGCUCAAUUCUGAACAGCUCGUUGUUGCUUCUGGUGCAGUGCUCUUCGUCUACGGCCCAUUUGUACAGUCCAGCCUGUCCAACGGCAUCGGAUCAGAAAGAAUGCAUUUGGCCGAACUGGUCGCUGAAGUAGGUGGUCCUGUCGUGCAAUAUCACCCGGCCUUCCUACUUCAAUGUGCCCUCUGGGGCAAGAUGGGUUUGGCGAAGGCAAUCAUCAGCAAUCUCGACAAGGCUGCAUUCGCCUGCAACGCUCAGGAUGUAUUGGAGACUUGGGCAUUUGAGCAAGUCCCGCUGGACAUAUUGCUCAAGGAUGAUGCUAAGGCGGACGAGGCACGACCGAGAGCUCCACAAAGACAUGGUGUGCAGAGAAGCAUCUUUGACGAGCCUGACCUCUCAGGCGAUCAGGCCGACACGGAUCCUUUCUCGAGUGAACGCAUCGAAAAGCUAGUAGUCCAACUGAAGCAGGUUCGACCGCCACACCUGUCCGAUUCAGACCUUCACUUACUCGUUAAUCUGAUCAAGACCAUCGGUGAAGCGGUGCGGGAGCAUGGAAGUAUGGAUCCGUCGGGUUUGCGCUACAUGUUCGCUCUCCGACAAACGCUCAACGGAAGCGACCCGGUCAAAGACACCCAGACUACCACAGUUGCUGAGCUCAGCUAUCGCGACUUCCUUUGGGCCUUUCACAGCGACAACCAAGAGACGCUGUUGUCGGCCGUCGAAUCUUCCUAUCGUAACAAGCUGGACUGGCCUGCCGCCCGAUCUACUGGACUCUUUGCCUGGCUCAAGAGCCCACAAGCACUUCGCACUCAAGCUGAAGCAGUCGCACGAGUGCAAUUCAUGACGGGUGAAGAUCGUGAUCCCGUCAAAUGCUCUUUGCUCUAUUUUGCUCUUGGCAAGCGAAAGGUUGUGCAGGGUCUCUGGCGGCAGGCUGUCUGGCACCCGGAGCAGAAGAAGAUGCUGCAGUUCUUGUCGCACGACUUUGAUGAGGAGCGAUGGAAGACGGCUGCUUGUAAGAACGCAUUUGCUCUGUUGAGUCAGAGGCGGUACGAGUUCGCUGCUUCUUUCUUCAUGCUUGGCGAAAGUCUGCGUGAUGCCGUCAAUGUUUGCGUUCGGAACAUGGACGACCUGCCUCUCGCAAUCGCCUUAGCACGAGUCAAAGAGGGAUGUGAUGACGGACCGGUCUUUACCGACCUUCUCAGAACGAGGGUGCUACCUCUAGCCUUCGAGCGCGGCGACCGCUGGAUGGGCAGCUGGGCAUUUUGGAUGCUUAAGCGACGCGAUCUCGCAGUGCGAAUCAUUGUGACGCCGCUCAGAGACUUGCUCGCAGAUGAAGGCGUUGCAAGUUUGUUGGGCUCGAAUGUCACUUGCGGAAAUGACAGCUACAACGACCCUGCUUUGGCACUACUAUUCCAACAGUUGCGAUCCAAGUCGUUGCAGACGAUCAAGGGCCUAUAUCACAUUCCCGAGAAGAAGAUCUUUGACUUUGUUCUCAACACAAACAGAGCUUUGUGUCGUAUGGGCUGUCACUCAAUCGGUCUCAGCCUUUUGCGAAACUGGCAGUUCGAGCCGCCGUCGGUGUCUAGCGCCUCGACUCUGUUCCACCAGGUCUCAAAGCAUGACCUCCAGAUCCUCUCGCGGGUGGACGAAGCCGUCAUGGCGGAAAGCACAGAUGCCUUUGCAGAGCUGCGCUUGACCGACACAAAGCUGCUCAGUGCUCUUGAGGACGCCAUCUCCUCCAGCCCAACCAAGCUUCGACAUCGUACAUCACAAAACACAAUGUCGCCUCCCAGCAGUCCAAGGGUGAUUCGACGACGCAGCAGCUUGCUCCAGCGACGAUCGAGCAUUGUCAACGACCUCGACAUUGGCGCAGCGGUGCAUGCCGCUGCAACGAGCCGUCUUGGUGGAAAGACGGAUUCUGCCGACACAGUUCUCAGCAAGUCGGUCUCAAUAGAUACGAAAGUGUCAUCUGAUGUGGCUGCCACUCUCGCUGCAGAGCCCUCGCAUGUUGACCACGUGAACGAACAUCCAGAAGAAGCAAGCACAAAGGUGGAAGCACCUCCAGAACCAAAGAAGCAAGGCAUCAGCAUCUUCAAGAGCGCCACUGCAAGCGAUAGCCAGCAAGGUGCGCAAGAGUUUGACUUUGGUAGUUUCGGCUUCUAG